ACGAAUCAGUUCUGCGGCAAAUACGUGAGUCUUAUAGGAGUGAAAUGGCGAACACCCAGACCCAAAUCGAGUCCAGCAGUUACCAGUCGGAAGCUACUCAACCGAUCGACCAGCGCCGAAACCGACAACCUCGUCACUCAGAACCGCCCUCCGAAGCCGCCACUAAUGUCCGAGAGCCGAGACGCACGCCGGUCCACCGUUCCGAAGCUGGAUUUCUGCAACACCACGACAAUCCUGCGGCUACGGAGCGGCGAAGGGGCCACACAGCCCAGCCCCUCGUCAUGUAGAGCACGCUAUUGGUCCUUUGCUCUCCAACACCCGCCUCCAACCUUUCGUCCCUGCCUCCUGGGCCGAGAAUUGGCCAUCAUGUCUCCACCCACUUUGUUCAUUGGCCAGACUGGUUGCGGGUGACAGUGAAUGACAGACGGAGGGCCUAGCGCUCUGGGUCGGGCCGAGCCCAGCAGAACAGACCGGGCUUCUGGAAUCGCCCGGGUCGCGGUUCCUGCGGUGACACGCGAGGCUGGUAACUGGAAUCCCGAGACACAGGCCCAAGCUGGCUGGGGGGCGCCCACAGAGCCCCAAACACCCCUGAGCACAGGCCCUUCCUGGGGAGAUCCAUGGGCCCUGGGUCUACACUGACCAGGUGAGUGUGUUUGCUGAGACACAAGGGCUUUUACUAACCGAGGGACUCCCUCUAGGACCAGGUCGGACCAAGAUCCACCGUCCCCAGAGUCUUCACUGACUGGGAGUAUACCAUACCACUUUGACCCCACCUGGCACUAGCCGCCUAGGGAACCCAGUUAUUCUACCGGGAUCUGGAGUCUACAUUGACUGGACAUUUCCCAUUCAGAAGCCAUGGCUGCCUAGGUCUCUGGUGCUAGGGAAGCAGAAGGGAUUGUCCAGAAAAAUCUUGAGAUGAUUCUCAUUUGGGCUUUUCUGGGAUCUGAAAAGCAUAUCUGAUUUCUGAAGUUGAGGUAGACCAAAGCUGUCCAACCAGGGCAUCCAGGACUGGCGUGGAGCAGAAACUGUCCAUGGAGCUGGUUAACAAGGUGGACUGGGGGCUGCGGUGAUGGCACAGUUUGACACUGAAUACCAGCGCCUAGAGGCUUCCUACAGCGAUUCACCCCCUGGGGAAGAGGACCUGUUGGUGCACGUGGCUGAGGGGAGCAAAUCACCUUGGCACCACAUCGAAAACCUUGACCUCUUCUUCUCUCGAGUUUAUAAUCUACAUCAGAAGAAUGGCUUCACAUGUAUGCUCAUUGGAGAGAUUUUUGAACUCAUGCAGUUCCUCUUUGUGGUCGCCUUCACCACCUUCCUGGUUAGCUGUGUGGACUACGACAUCCUAUUUGCCAACAAGAUGGUGAACCACAGUCUUCAUCCCACUGAGCCCGUCAAGGUCACGCUGCCAGACGCCUUUUUGCCUGCCCAAGUCUGUAGUGCCAGGAUUCAGGAAAACGGCUCUCUCAUCACCAUUCUGGUCAUUGCUGGUGUCUUCUGGAUCCACCGGCUUAUCAAGUUCAUCUAUAACAUUUGCUGCUAUUGGGAGAUCCACUCCUUCUACCUGCAUGCUCUGCGUAUCCCAAUGUCUGCCCUUCCGUACUGCACAUGGCAGGAAGUGCAGGCCCGGAUUGUGCAGACACAGAAAGAGCAUCAGAUCUGCAUCCACAAGCGUGAGCUGACAGAGUUGGACAUCUACCAUCGCAUCCUGCGUUUCCAGAACUACAUGGUGGCGCUGGUGAACAAGUCUCUCCUGCCCCUGCGCUUCCGCCUGCCUGGCCUCGGAGAGGUUGUCUUUUUCACCCGUGGCCUCAAGUACAACUUUGAGCUGAUCCUCUUCUGGGGACCUGGCUCUCUGUUUCUCAAUGAAUGGAGCCUCAAGGCUGAAUACAAACGUGGGGGGCAACGGCUGGAGCUGGCCCAGCGCCUCAGCAACCGCAUCCUGUGGAUCGGCAUCGCUAACUUCCUGUUGUGCCCCCUCAUCCUCAUCUGGCAGAUCCUCUAUGCCUUCUUCAGCUAUGCUGAGGUGCUGAAGAGAGAGCCUGGGGCCCUGGGAGCACGUUGCUGGUCACUGUAUGGCCGUUGCUACCUCCGCCACUUCAAUGAGCUGGAACAUGAGCUGCAGUCCCGCCUCAGCCGAGGCUACAAGCCUGCCUCCAAGUACAUGAAUUGUUUCUUGUCGCCGCUGCUGACUCUGCUGGCCAAGAAUGGUGCCUUCUUCGCCGGCUCUAUCCUGGCCGUGCUUAUUGCUCUCACAAUCUAUGACGAAGAUGUGUUGGCCGUGGAACAUGUCCUCACCACCGUCACACUUCUGGGAGUCACAGUGACUGUGUGCAGGUCUUUCAUCCCAGACCAGCACAUGGUGUUCUGCCCCGAGCAGCUGCUCCGAGUGAUCCUCGCUCACAUCCACUACAUGCCUGACCACUGGCAGGGUAAUGCCCACCGCUCGCAGACCCGGGACGAGUUUGCCCAGCUCUUCCAGUACAAGGCAGUGUUCAUCUUGGAGGAGUUGCUGAGCCCCAUUGUCACACCCCUCAUUCUCAUCUUCUGCCUACGCCCACGGGCCCUGGAGAUCAUAGACUUCUUCCGCAACUUCACAGUAGAGGUUGUCGGCGUUGGAGACACCUGUUCUUUUGCUCAGAUGGACGUUCGCCAGCAUGGUCAUCCUCAGUGGCUGUCUGGAGGGCAGACUGAGGCCUCAGUGUACCAGCAAGCAGAGGAUGGGAAGACCGAGCUGUCACUCAUGCACUUCGCCAUCACUAACCCUGGCUGGCAGCCGCCUCGUGAGAGCACAGCUUUCCUGGGCUUCCUCAAGGAGCAGGUUCAGCGAGAUGGCGCAGCUGCCAGCCUUGCCCAAGGUGGCCUGCUCCCCGAGAAUGCCCUCUUCACGUCUAUCCAGUCCUUACAGUCUGAGUCUGAGCCCCUGAGCCUAAUUGCAAAUGUGGUGGCUGGCUCAUCCUGCCGGGGACCCCCACUGUCCAGAGACCUGCAGGGCUCAAGGCACAGAGCUGAGGUUGCUUCUGCCCUUCGCUCCUUCUCCCCUCUUCAACCUGGACAGGCCCCUCAAGGCCGGGCUCCCAGUACCAUGACGGGCUCUGGAGUGGAUGCCAGGACAGCCAGCUCCGGGAGCAGUGUGUGGGAAGGACAGCUGCAGAGCCUGGUGCUGUCAGAAUAUGCAUCCACAGAGAUGAGCCUUCAUGCCCUCUAUAUGCACCAGCUCCACAAGCAGCAGACCCAGGCUGAGCCUGAGCGGCAUGUGUGGCACCGCCGAGAGAGUGAUGAGAGUGGAGAGAGUGCUCCUGAAGAGGGGGCAGAGGGUGCCCGGGCCCCCCAACCCAUCCCUCGCUCUGCCAGCUACCCCUGUGCUACGCCCCGGCCUGGAGCACCCGAGACCACCGCCCUGCAUGGGGGCUUCCAGAGGCGCUAUGGGGGCAUCACAGAUCCUGGCACAGUGCCCCGGCCUCCCUCUCACUUCUCCAGGCUGCCCCUGGGAGGAUGGGCAGAAGAUGGGCAGCCAGCAUCAAGACACCCAGAGCCUGUGCCAGAGGAAGGCUCGGAGGAUGAGCUCCCCCCUCAAGUGCACAAGGUAUAGACAAGGCAGAAGUCGGUCCCCGUGCUCCAGGAUGGAGGCGACAGCUGCCCAGCCAUCCCAUCUGCCUACCGUGGGAGGGGCUUCUCAGAGUGUUGCCUGGCCCCAAGUGUGUGGUGUUUGUAUGUCCCUGCCUGGCCAAGGGAG